GCCAGCUGGGUUCGGCAAGAUGGCGCCGUCUGCAUGGCUUCGUCCCUUCUCGCGGCUGUUGGCUCCUGCCAAGCUCCCGAGCGGCUCUUCGGUGCGGUCAAAGUUCUACGUUCGGGAACCACCGAACGCCAAGCCGGACUGGCUGAAAGUUGGGUUGGCGUUGGGCACCAGCAUCUUUCUAUGGUUCUAUCUCAUCAGACAACAUAAUGAAGAUGUUUUAGAAUAUAAAAGAAGAAAUGGAUUGGAAUAAACUUUCAAAAUCCUAAUACAGUUUGCUCCAUAUAAUGAUUAGAGCAAUUCCUCUGGAUUCACUCGUCUGUCAAGUUACAAAUGUGAGAGGAAAAGUUACAUGUGAAUAUAUGUCAAAUCAGCA